CCGGCGAGGCCGCCGCGAGCCUGCGUGUCGCUAAGUCCAGGCCGGCUGCGGGGCUUCGCGCGCUCGCGGGGUUGCGGGCCGGGCCGGGGGAGGGCCCGGGUGCUGGGAGCCUUCCCCUUGGCUGCCCUCCUGCCCCUCUCCCUGCUUCUGCAAGCGUUUUUCAAGUUGUACAAUGUGCAUAAAACGUGAAAUUCCCCUUGGCCAUUUCCAGGCGCGCAGCCAGCAGCUCCCGGCCCUUGACCCCCGGGCCCUGAGUACCGGCCUCGCCCCGAAGGAGGAGCCCGAGGCCUCCGUCCCGGCGGCGAUGCUGCCCCGUCAGCUGCUGGCGCGGCCCGCGUGGUUGUUCCGGUGUCCCCCGGGGCCGCGCGGGGCCUGUGCCCCGGGAGCCGCGGGUUCUUGGGGUCGGCCGGUUGGCCCCCUGGCCCGCAGGGGCUGCUGCUCCGCCCCCGGGACCCCGGAGGUGCCGCUGACCCGGGAGCGCUACCCCGUGCGGCGCUUGCCGUUCUCCACGGUGUCUGAGCAGGACCUGGCCGCCUUUGAGCGCAUCGUGCCCGGCGGGGUCGUCACGGAUCCGGAGGCGCUGCAGGCUCCCAACGUGGACUGGAUACGGACGCUGCGAGGCUCUAGCAAGGUGCUGCUGAGGCCACGGACCUCGGAGGAGGUGUCCCACAUCCUCAGGCACUGCCAUGAGAGGAACCUGGCCGUGAACCCACAGGGGGGCAACACAGGCAUGGUGGGUGGCAGCGUCCCCGUCUUUGACGAGAUCAUCCUCUCCACUGCCCGCAUGAACAAGGUCCUCAGCUUCCAUAGUGUGUCUGGAAUUCUGGUUUGCCAGGCGGGCUGCGUCCUGGAGGAGCUGAGCCACUACGUGGAGGAACGGGACUUUAUCAUGCCACUGGACUUAGGAGCCAAGGGCAGCUGCCACAUCGGGGGAAACGUGGCAACCAACGCCGGGGGCCUGCGGUUUCUUCGAUACGGCUCACUGCAUGGGACUGUCCUGGGCCUGGAAGUGGUGUUGGCCGACGGCACCAUCCUGGACUGCCUGACCUCCCUGAGGAAGGACAACACGGGCUAUGACCUGAAGCAGCUGUUCAUCGGGUCGGAGGGCACUUUGGGGGUCAUCACUGCGGUGUCCAUCCUGUGUCCACCCAAGCCCAGGGCUGUGAACGUGGCUUUCCUCGGCUGUCCAGGCUUUGCUGAGGUUCUGCAGACCUUCAGCACCUGCAAGGGGAUGCUGGGCGAGAUCCUGUCUGCAUUCGAGUUCAUGGAUGCUGUGUGCAUGCAACUGGUCGGGCGUUAUCUCCACCUGGCCAGCCCGGUACAAGAGAGUCCGUUUUACGUCCUCAUCGAGACUUCAGGCUCCAACGCAGGCCAUGAUGCUGAGAAGCUGGGCAGCUUCCUGGAGCACGCACUGGGCUCUGGCCUGGUGACCGACGGGACCAUGGCCACCGACCAGACGAAAGUCAAGAUGCUGUGGGCCCUGAGGGAAAGGAUCGCAGAGGCGCUGAGCCGAGACGGCUACGUGUACAAGUACGACCUCUCCCUCCCCGUGGAGCGACUCUACGACAUCGUGACUGAUGUGCGUGCCCGCCUUGGCCCACAUGCCAAGCACGUGGUGGGCUACGGCCACCUGGUUCCCAGCUGGGAUGGACCCUGCAGCUACAGGCAGAUUCAUAGGACAAAUAUGGAGGCUCAUCGACAUGCGUUUCACGUCUGCUUGGGAUUGGCCAGGGAAUGAGGGAUUCUCAAAGAGCUGGCUGUGAAUUCAGGCCCAUGUGGCGUCCUCAACAAACAGUCAAGUUUUAGGGACGUCACAUGACAGGACAUGGACUGCGAGUCUCCGGGAGGCAUCUUGGAGGAGGCAGGGAGGUGGCAGAGGACGGCUGGGCCUGAGGCUGCCUUUACCUUUGUCGGUUCUGGUGGAGGGACGGUCUUUGCCCUUGUCAUUCCUGGGCUGCUCUUAGGCAGGACCUGAGUCGGGGGAGCUUUUGUUGGAUCUGCCGCUUCUCGGUUGCCUUUGUGGGAAAACAGCCCUCACCCCAGCAUGGCACAGUUGGGGGUGGCGCGUCCCGGUUUACCUCUGGGGCUCCUCCUCAGUGUGCAGCUCUGCGUUAAAUGCCACUGGUCUCGUCUGGGCAGCCCUCGAGCUGGUUUCUGGCUCCCUCUCCUGCUGGCCCGGAGGUGGGGCGGGAUCCUCACUUGGCUCUGACCUUGGCUCUCCCCAGCCUCUUCUCUGAGCCAUCCCCUUGUUGACCUCUGAGGUCAGAAGAGGAGGUUGUGCGUGGGGUGGGCCAGGACCAGGGUGUGCUUGGAGAGCCACCACCCUGGGGGCUCAGUGUGGGGUGAGUGGACCAGAGAGGAGGCGGCUGGGAGCCAGGGCUUUGUCUGCAGCGGGCACUGGCUAGGCAGCUCCAGGGAAGAUGUCCGUGGGGUGGGGGCAUCCAGAUAGCCCUGGGCGCCACUGCGGACCCCUCCAUCUGACCGGGUGCUGGGGGUACAGACUGGGAGACUGUCUGGGCUCUUCCAGGUCAGGAGGGAGGCAGUGGCAGGCAGGCCAUGCAGUUGCUUAUGUGGUCACUCUCCGCCUGGGGAGAUGGGAGCCCUGGGCAGAAGGAGUAGGAAGAGGGGGGAGAACUUGGGGAGAUGGGAGCCCUGGGCAGAGGGGAGUAGGAAGAUCGGGGAGAACUUGGGGAGAUGGGAGCCCUGGGCAGAGGGAAUAGGAAGAGGGGGGAGAACUUGGGGAGAUGGGAGCCCUGGACAGAGGGUGUAGGAAGAGGGGGGAGAACUUGGGGAGGUGGGAGCCCUGGGCAGAGGGAGUAGGAAGAGGGGGGAGAACUUGGGGAGAUGGGAGCCCUGGGCAGAGGGGAGUAGGAAGAUCGGGGAGAACUUGGGGAGAUGGGGGCCCUGGGCAGAAGGAGUAGGAAGAGGGGGGAGCACUUGGGGAGAUGGGAGCCCUGGACAGAGGGGAGUAGGAAGAUCGGGGAGAACUUGGGGAGAUGGGAGCCCUGGGCAGAGGGAGUAGGAAGAGGGGGGAGAACGUGGGGAGAUGGGAGCCCUGGGCAGAGGGAGUAGGAAGAGGGGGGAGAACUUGGGGAGAUGGGAGCCCUGGGCAGAGGGGAGUAGGAAGAUCGGGGAGAACUUGGGGAGAUGGGGGCCCUGGGCAGAGGGAAUAGGAAGAGGGGGGAGAACUUGGGGAGAUGGGAGCCCUGGGCAGAGGGUGUAGGAAGAUUGGGGAGAACUUGGGGAAAGAAGCAGGGAGAAGCCAAGGUAGCAGCAGCCCCAGAGGAGGGGUCAGCACGUCCGGGGCGGGUGACAUGAGGGUGAGGCUCAGCCGGGGGUCUGAGGGUUGCUAGGGAGGGGAUCUUGGGAGGGGCUGUUGGGGGAGGAGUGGGGUCCUGGGGGCUGCCCCGCCCAGCCUUACCCGUGUACUUUGUCCCUCCAGGAGAUGGUAACCUGCACCUCAAUGUGACGGCGGAGGCCUUCAGCCCGUCGCUCCUGGGUGCCCUGGAGCCCCACGUGUACGAGUGGACGGCCAGGCAGCAGGGCAGUGUCAGCGCAGAGCACGGCGUGGGCUUCAGGAAGAGGGAUGUGCUGGGCUACAGCAAGCCACCCGAGGCCCUGCAGCUCAUGCAGCAGCUCAAGGCCCUGCUGGACCCCAAGGGCAUCCUCAACCCCUACAAGACGCUGCCCAGCCAGGCCUGACGGCCACUCCCACUGCUGCCAAGGCCCGCUGGGGGUCAGCGGAUGGCUCUCGGGCGGGAGCGUAGGCAGUGGCUCUGAGUGAUGAGCCGGCAGUGGGCGGGGGACCAGGCACCUAGUCGGAGGGACUGGGAGCCCGCACUGGGGAACUGCUGGACGCAGGCCCUCGGGCAGGAGCAUCUGGCAGAGCGGGGAACGCCGCAGGCUCCCUCCUUUGCAGGGAGAGGUGGGGCCUCUGCGGCCAUCCUGGACUGGCCAGGGUGGAAGCGGGGCUGGGUCUCAGUUGCCUGGUGGUGGUCCCUGGCUCCACCUUGCCUGCUGCAGCCCGGGGAGCUGGCACUGGGUGGUUCUUCCGCCUAUUUGCUGCUGGUUCCCCGGGCAGUGCGUGGGCAGCGGGGGGCUGUGGGCAGGACCACGUGGGCCGUGAUCGUGGGUUGCCGAGAUGACCGGAGCGCUAUGGCUCUGCUGAAUGGAGCAAGGCCCCUCAGGCCGUGGACGCCCUCGGGAGGGGUGACUGUGGCUUGUGUCUGGGCCUGAGUGACAGGAACGUGUCAUUGCCCCCGUCUUCUAGAGGCUGCCGGCUGGGAAGACAGUUAUCAGGGCGAGCUGUGCUCUGAGUCUCAGGUUCUGCUUCUGUGAAGAACGUGGUGCUGUGGGCGAGGGCCCCGGCGCGGACAGGAGCCCCUGCAGGGUGCGUUUCUGCUCGUCAGCCGCCCCGGGUAGCGGAUGGGCUGGGCGAUGCAGCUGGACGCACAUCUCUUUCUGUCAUGAACGUCCAGUAAAUAUCUGAAUUGGUUACAACCUU